CCAAGUUCAUCGGCAAUGAUUCGGAUCAGUAUAUCAUGUUCAUCCAUUUCCACAUUCCAAGCAAUCUUGAAACUCUUUUUUCAUACAGUCAAGCAGCGUGUUGAGGAUUCAUUGACCUGUUGCAGACCGACGAGGGUGAGUACCCUGUGAAUGCAGUACAAAUUAAUCUGGAAUUUGAAAACACCCCAAGGCUUCCUAAAGCACAGAUGAUGCGAAGGUCAUGAUGAUGCAUCAGCAUUUAAGACCUUGCCAUCCAAGCAAAGGAAGUGCGAUGAGAUGAGUUUGCUACUAUCAAAAAUUCUGACUUCCUCCGAAGACUCUAAGUAAGAAAUGCAAGACGCGUUCCUGCCGGCUGGUCCUCAGAUUUGUUCUACGACGGAUUCUACGUACAGAGAGUAUUCCACUUGGGCAAACAUGCUGGCAGAUUUCUUCAAAAAACUCUGAAAACUUUCCAAAGGCCGAGAUAAGAGGCGAACUUUCUUCCGAGUGCCAACCCAACUGAACAACCCAACAACAUGACUUCAACCUGGAGGAACAGUUUGAGAGGAUUCUUCACGCAAAAUUCGGGGUCUGCCAACGUGACCACGGAUUCCGAUGAAACUCGGCUUUUCAGACGAUCUAGUCUGCGGCCGAACCAACGGGUUGCUUCCGAUAUUGAGCGAGAGUCCCAAAAGGUGCGGAUUCUCUCGAUAUCUUCAAGCUCGUCGGAGUUUGACGAUCUGUCGCAAAUGAACUCAAAUAAAAAGGUCAUCUUGCGGAGACAUUCGAAUUAUGAUGAUGUGCCCUCUUUUGUUCAGCGUUCGGUUGCUAAAAUUGAACGGGGAUCGUUUGGCAUGAAAAGGUCAUCUGACCAGAGCGUGUCUCUCUCUGGUCUGUCGCCCUCAUCGCCAAUGCCCGACGAAAACGACCACGUGGAAACUCAAAAUUCUCAAGAUGAGGCAUUCCUCCGCCAAGAGUCAACCCAGUCUAACCGGUUCACUACAUCGGAGGAGAGUUCCAGUGACGAUGACGAUGAAGAAGAUGACGAAGGUGAUACCCACACUCUGGGUAACGGGAGCGAUUGUGGGGGAUUAGCCUCGAGUAGCUUGCAAACCAGUACUUUGACUUUGGUGUUGGACAGUCAGAGCGAGAUACUGGAAGAAGACAGUGUUGCCGGGAGACUAAUUAGGGUUUUUGACGAAGACCUCGAGAACAUUGUCAAUAACAUCGUGGGAAUGCCGGAUGGCACGAGGAAAUUACAUUUUCUUCAAGAGAUUGUGCGGUCCCUACGAGCCCUCAAAACUGAUGUCACAAUCAAUAGUCAUUUCAUCCUACUCUCUUCUUUGGUAUGUCAACCCAUCAUGGAGAUGGAUGAAGAGCCUUUUGAAUCUGUGGUGGUCCAUUAGGAGACAACUAUUGGACUCACAUGUCAAGGCCCAACUCGUAUGGAUGGAUUUCCAUAUCAUUAUUCUGUAUCCUUUCCGGGCCCUUCUCAAAGACGAGACAUACUGGCAACUGGGCCUCAGGAAUUCACUUGUCACUCUCUCUCUCUCUCUCUCCUCUGUCUCUCUCUGUCUCUCUCACACAUAGGAAGGCCUUUGUGUCAAUUGUGUGGGCCUCUUCUGCCUUCCAAUAUAAUGAGUGACAGACGGAGGAGGGCCAUUGUCAUGCAUUCGAUAUCAGAACCGCUCUCACAAUAAACCAAUUCCAAUCCCAACGUGUUAUCCGUACUCGUAAUGCAAGAAACGGAGAAACCUCUUCUUUUCCCCUUUCCAAAACAAUUCAUCUGUGACGUUUUGAUAAAAAAAGGAAUUCUGAUCUUAACAAUCAUGGCUUUCCCUCCGUUUCAGAAAAUAUUGAGUUUAUGUGCCUCCAUUAUGGACAAGUAAAAGCAGCAAUUUAGGAAUUCCAGAAACUUUGCUGCUCAAAUUUAUUGAUUGCAAAACUGCUUCCAAGAUUUAAAGGGUCAAAAAUUGUGUUGGUACAAUAGCGCAGGUCGUGACAUAUUCCAAAUGCAUCUUUUGCUUUUUUGCAUGUUCGUCGCGGGUGAAAGGACUUCGGAUCGGAGAGAGAAGGAUGCUCAUUCACCAAUAUUCAAUUCAAGAGUCUUUUUAUUUCACAAGUUCUCGUGGAUGUCCCUCAUUCACACUUCAACACGAAUAAAACAUUUACAUUUUCACCACCA